GAAAGGGCUUGUUGUCAAUAAUUACUCCAGGACAACAGAUGGAAAAUGGCACUGUCCUGGACAAACUGGGAUGUAUGAUCAACUCAUAAAAAGUGUACAGAGUACGAGGGGGAGUGUGGACAUUUUAAACUGUGUUUUACAAAAGUACCUGUGUGUGGUGAACUGGCGAUCAAAAUAACUCAUUCUUUACCACAGGUAGUUUAAGAGCCGUCUUGAACGAAGAACGGUAAACCAGAGACAUGAGACACGGAACUUAAUGAAUACGCGUUUUUUUUUUGCGUAUCCGGAACUUACUGGAGUUGCACAACCCACCCUUCGAGAGUUCAUCCACCAAUCCAAAGUGGGAGCGUGCGAGUUUGAGCCUGUGGGAGAGGUCUGGGCGGGCCUCGGCCUUGAAGAGUGGAGCUUUGCGUCACUCAAUCCUGGGGGCGGACCUAGCGCAGCCUCACACCCUCGGCGCUCUGGCCCACACAGAUACGACUCUGUGGCAUCUCGGGUUCCCUCUGGCUGCGCUCUGGAGGACUACACUCGUUUUCUUUUUGGUUGUGAGGCCCCGCAGCCUCAGCUGAGCUGGAAGAAAGAUGGCGGCAGCCGUGCGACAAGAUUUGGCCCAGCUCAUGAAUUCGAGCGGCUCUCAUAAAGAUCUGGCGGGCAAGUAUCGUCAGAUCCUGGAAAAAGCCAUUCAGUUAUCUGGGGCAGAACAACUAGAAGCUUUGAAAGCUUUUGUGGAAGCAAUGGUAAAUGAAAAUGUCAGCCUCGUGAUCUCUCGACAGUUGCUGACUGAUUUCUGCACACAUCUCCCUAAUUUGCCUGAUAGCACAGCCAAAGAAAUCUAUCAUUUCACCUUGGAAAAGAUCCAGCCUAGAGUCAUUUCAUUUGAGGAGCAGGUUGCUUCCAUAAGACAGCAUCUUGCAUCCAUAUAUGAGAAAGAAGAAGAUUGGAGAAAUGCAGCUCAAGUGUUGGUGGGAAUUCCUUUGGAAACAGGACAAAAACAGUACAAUGUGGAUUAUAAACUGGAGACAUACCUGAAGAUUGCUAGGCUAUAUCUAGAGGAUGAUGAUCCAGUUCAGGCAGAGGCUUAUAUAAAUCGAGCGUCAUUGCUUCAGAAUGAAUCAACCAACGAACAGUUACAGAUACAUUAUAAGGUAUGCUAUGCACGUGUUCUUGAUUACAGAAGAAAAUUCAUUGAAGCUGCACAAAGGUACAAUGAGCUCUCUUACAAGACAAUAGUGCACGAAAGUGAAAGACUAGAGGCCUUAAAACAUGCUUUGCACUGUACCAUCUUAGCAUCGGCAGGACAACAACGUUCUCGAAUGCUAGCUACUCUUUUUAAGGAUGAAAGGUGCCAGCAGCUUGCUGCUUAUGGAAUCCUAGAGAAAAUGUACCUGGAUAGGAUCAUCAGAGGAAAUCAACUUCAAGAAUUUGCUGCUAUGCUGAUGCCUCACCAAAAAGCAACUACAGCUGAUGGUUCUAGCAUCUUGGACAGAGCUGUUAUUGAACACAAUUUGUUGUCUGCAAGCAAAUUAUAUAAUAAUAUUACCUUUGAAGAACUUGGAGCUCUUUUAGAGAUUCCUGCAGCUAAGGCAGAAAAGAUAGCAUCACAAAUGAUAACAGAAGGACGUAUGAAUGGAUUUAUUGAUCAGAUUGAUGGAAUAGUUCAUUUUGAAACACGAGAAGCCCUGCCAACAUGGGAUAAACAGAUCCAAUCACUUUGUUUCCAAGUGAAUAACCUUUUGGAGAAAAUUAGUCAGACAGCACCAGAAUGGACAGCACAAGCCAUGGAAGCCCAGAUGGCUCAGUGACUCCUUGCAGAACUUCUGUGCACACUACAUCUUUUCCAUGUUGUACAGAUUAAUUUCACUGUCUCCAUAGCAUUUGCAUCAUGACCUUAUAUAUUUCCAUCCCUUUUAUGCUGGAUUCCAUUUAAAGAAGACGUUGUUAGAGCAGGAAGUACAAGCAUUGAAAAAUAUGUAGUUCCCAUAUAUUCAGGGUCUCUGUGUAUCAAGCUAACUCAGAAGUUUUGAGAGCUUUUUUGUUAAACAGAGUAAGUGAAAUAUCUGUGGCUAAAAAGUUUGGGAUUUGUGAUAACUUUGUAGUCAUGUAAAACUUAAGUGCUUUGUGCCUCUCCAAAUGUGGUUAUUCUAAUAAAUGGAGAAGUGAGCCAAAUAAAAGCAGUACUUUGUUUUUAAUUA